UAAUAAAGGUUAUAUGCAUUUAACAUCGCUGUAUUUUCGUUUCCUUCCUUUGGCUUCGCGCACGGCUUCUCCCCCGUAGCAGACGGCACGUUAGCUGCCGCGCAGGCCUGGCGCAUUUCUGUCGUAGGUGGUGCUUUCGAGUCAUUCUGUGACGCAAGUGGUGAGAAAUCUAGUGUACGUGCGUCAAACGUGGUCUCGCAAACUCUAUUGUGCGUAUUGCGCGUAUUGCGUGUUAAAAAAGCGCGCCGUCAUCUCUGUGGCGGUCAACGCAGUUCCGUCGUCGACGGCAUUUGGAGCAAUGAACGGCAACAUGGCGGCGGAUUUCGACCCCGUUGCCGCUGAAAUAGCCAUCGUGAGAGCCCUCGAUGAGCUUUGCGCGCGGCGCUCGAACGUGGCGGUUCACCGCGCUCGCAUCGACGCACUCCGGCGGGAUAUAGCACACCUGCACGAGUGCACAGACGCCGAGAAGCAUCGACUACGCGUCACGGAGCAGCGAAUGUCCGAACGUCUCGCAGAGCUUGUGCGAGAUGCCGAGCGGCGUCGCAGACCGAUGGCUGUAGAAAAGGAAGCGCUAGCGCAACAAGUCGCUCGCGCCGAAUGCAAGCUCUCCGCCGUUAUCGGUCGGGCUAGAAGCCUGGAAACCCAAAAGCUGACGCUGGAAGGGAAAGUGAAGGACCUACUCGACCAAACGCGUCACUUGGAGGAGGUUCUUCGUGAACGCAGCGGUCAGUUGGAUCAGAUAAGCCGGUCGUCCCGUCCCGUACUCGAAGAGUUUCAAAAGCUCGUCGCUCGACAGGACGCUCUGCAGUCGUCGCUGCUCGACGUGCUUCGGCGUCGCGUCGCAUUGGAACGGGAUAGACGCGAGCGCGUGAAACAGGAGUCGAGGCUCGUAUCCGAAGGCGCGUCAUUGAAGAAGGACUUGGAACUGGCGACGUCAUCGUCGGCUGGCGAGGUUGAACGCGUAGGCGACGGCACGGAAGCUGGCCCCGAUCAGUGUCCUGCGCCAGACCGUUGGUACACAAGCUUGAUGGAAAAGCUCGAAGGCGACGCGGCGUCUUGCCAACGCGACCUGGAAUCGCUGAGGCGUCUGGUCAACUGCGGCACUUCUGCCGAUGUUGCGCUGCAAACCACGUUGAAUGUUCCCGACCCAUUGUACUUGUAACGCAGCAGGCGCUUUUAUUUGUUUCGUUUUCAAAGCACAUAGGCUGGCUGCUAAAUAAAGAUGCCCAUUAUUCCUGGCGU